ACUGUCAUCAUCCUUCGGCAUUCGGCGAGCGAUGUCAAAAUUUUCACGAUGAAAACAAAUAGGCAGCAUUUCGGUUUUACUCAGCAAAAAUAAUAUUUUAUCUGCCUGUGAUCCAUUUUUAGAAAAUAAAACCAAAUUUCUUGGCAUACUUCGCAACCUGCGUGCCAGAAUUGCGAAAUUAUAGACGUAGUGUAAUAAAUCUUAACGGUCUGUAAUCCGCGUAGAAAAGAUAGAUAUGAAUAAUUAUAUCAAAUUCAUGGAGGUCUUAGGGAAUGUUAAGCAUUUAAAACGGACCGGAUGGGUCUUGAGAAAGGUUAAAGACUGCGAAACCGUAUCGGGUCACAUGUACCGAAUGGCGAUGAUGUCAUUUUUUCUAGAAGAUAGUCACGGUUUGGACAGGAUCCGAGUAAUGGAAAUGUCCCUCGUGCACGAUCUGGCGGAAGGAAUCGUAGGCGAUAUAACACCGUACUGCGGUGUUUCGCGCGAGGAAAAAUUGCUGAAAGAAUUUUCCGCCAUGACAGAGAUAGCCAGUUUACUUGGCCCUAACAAGGAUAAGAUGUUGGCACUGUUCAACGAAUACGAGGAAGGCAAGACACCAGAGGCAAAGUUCGUGAAAGAUCUCGACCGGCUCGACAUGGUGAUGCAGGCAUACGAAUACGAGAAACGGGACAGUUGUCCACAAAAACUGCAAGAGUUUUUUGAUUCGACGGAAAAUAAAUUUUCCCAUCCCUUAGUUGUUGACAUCGUGAACGCGAUCAAGGAACAGCGCGCAAAAGCUGCUUCAACGGUUGUAGACAAUCCAAAUCGUUAAGUGAAGGAGCCGAAGAUAGUAGUCAUGAAAUAAAUGAAAUUGACUGAAGAAACUGUUGUAUGGUCAUACGUCAUACAAUAUUUGGUCAUCGUGUAACGUCGAACGAUCACCUGGAAAUAUCGCUUUUGUGUGUAAUGAUUGUAAGAAAUAAUAGAGAAAACAAUAUUACUCCAAAUUUAGAUUCGGGUUCAUAAAAAUGAUACAUAUUUUGCGAAUUUCAGUGGUAAAGAGCACUACAAAUUAAUUUGUUUUAAAAUGUAACUCCCAAAUUAAAGCAUUUCUAUUUUGAAACAAAUUCCUUCCACGAAAUGUCAAA